AAAAUCUGUCGUGCGCGUGAUAAAAUAAAAACAUCUCCGAGCAAUCAUAUUGCCGUGUAAUAAUAAUAAUAAUGAUAUAGCAAAUGUCAAUCUCGCAAACCUACCGUUAUCGUCCUGUGACGUCCUCCUUGUACAUCAGCGCAUUUGUUAUUUACAUUUUGUUCCCGCGACCGUAACAGCCAGUGAACACCGCUCGGUUAUCAAUGUCGCCGCGAGACAUGUAAUCCAACGAUUUCGGAAUAUCUGUAAACAAAUCCGAUCGCGCCACACGUACGAAAAUGUCUUCGAGGGUGUUGCGGAAAAUGGGUCUGCAGGACGAACAGGACCUGUCAGUGGUCAAAGAUGACGCGAGUGACGAUACGGAAACCAGUUCCGGUGGUGUGAACAAGAAGCGUCACUUAAACAUGUACGAUUUGCUGAACAAUGGGUCGUUAUCCGAGUCCGAAGUGAAAGAAGAUGAUGACCAUGAAACUACCGGUUCAGUAAAUAAGAAAGAUGAAAACAUUUCUUGUGACAAGGAAAACAUCAAGCGGAAAAAGAAAAAAAAGAGAAAGAAGUCUGGAAAAGUAUUGUCUACUAACACUCGCAGCAGCGAAGAUAACAUUGAAGAUGAAGUUGAAAGAAGUGUGCGUGAAGUAAACAAAAUUUUGGGUGAAGUACCUGACAAAGGAGAAGAAAAUGAAGCUACUUCUUCGCAGAAUUUACCUCACAAUCGAGAAUCUAUUUAUUUUAAAAAUAUAUUGUCUGUACAGCACCGUAAUCUUAACCCUAAUAAUGAACUGCGUAAAAUGUUUGGACGAGUUGUUCAUCAAGCUGAACUAAGUAAGCGCAAGUUCAGAGGAAGAAAUCAUUUAAAAACAACAUGGUUGGUGACACCUAAAGACAAUUGGCCACCAGUUGGAAAAUCAGGUUCAACAAUGAAAUAUGUGGAAAGUAAAAAUGGAAUUAUGUACUUUGCAUUUGAACACAGUCCUGAAUACCAACAAGUACAGAUGCAACUUUACAAAGCUGUAUCUCACAUGUCAUCAGGAACUCUGGUGAAUAUUAUUAAUAACCAUCCAUAUCAUGUGGAUGUGCUUUUGCAAAUAACAGAAUGGGCUAGGUUAAGUGAAGACUUACCGGUUGCUGCUGAACUUACCGAACAAGCUUUGUAUUCAUUGGAAAAUUCAUUCCAUCCCAUGUUCAGUUUGUCCAAUGGAAAAUGUCGUUUAGAUUAUCGUUUACAUGAAAAUAGAGCAUUAUUCCUGACUUUGUACAGACAUUUAACAUUUGUUGGACUUCGGGCUUGUUAUCGUACAGCUUUAGAAUUCUGUAAACUUCUUUUGUCAUUAUCUCCCAUGGACGAUCCUCUUGCAGUUAUUCUUUGUAUCGAUUUUUAUGCUCUGCGUUCUUCAGAGUAUACAUGGUUCAUUCACUUUGUGAAUGCUUUUGAUUCUGCACGUAAUUUAACUCAACUUCCUAACAUCAAGUUUUCACUCGCUGUUGCUAAAUGGCAAAAAGGUGAUGUUGAAACUGCUCACACUCUACUACAAGAAGCAUUGAUCAUGUUUCCUGGUGUUUUAUUACCGUUGUUAGAAAAGUGUUCUAUCCAGGCCGACAAGCGUGUAUAUGAUAAUACAUUUUUCACCACUUAUGCUACUGAAACACAACCAAAAUCUUUAUCUUACUUAAUAUCGAUGUAUGUAACGAGAAGUUACCAUAUUUGGAAAGAAGUGCAGCUGUUACCAUGGCUUGAACGUAAUGUACAAAUUGUACUUGAUAGAGUACAAGCUCAGGAUCCAUUGAUAAAGAACAUGGAAAACUUACGAGUCACUUUAUACAGUGCCAAACCCCCACUCAACAUACACAGACAUCUGUUACUGUCUGACAUGAGUGAUACAAUUGCACCACCAGCUGAGGCGGUUACCAGUCCAAUUCUCAUUAUGGAUCCAUUUCCACCACUAGAUGGUACUUCUUUUUAUAAUUCCAGAUCAUCACUCGAUAGCAUUAGUAGAACAGCUACGGAAAACCAAUCACUAUUUUCAACAUUUUUCCGGUCAUUAAACCCAGUGUUUCAAGCACUUUCCGAUGAAAGUAAUGUGGACGAAGAAUUAGCUGCUGAAGCUGAAGCAGUUGCAAGACCUGUUAUUACAAUGGUCGGGGAGCAAAUUGAAGAGAUGAGAAGUGACUUACGCCAAAGUGUAAACUCUUUAUUAGACGCUAUGAGAAACUUAUUGUCUAAUGUUCAUUCACCAAAUGUACCAGCUGAUGGUGACAUUGAUGAUGAUUCGGAGCUUACAGAUACAGCAUAAUAGGGGGAAAAAAAUAUGUAAUUUCUUUAUAACUUUUUGUUUUGAUCCCAUGUCAUAUAAUUUGUUUUUUAAUUUUAUCAUUAAAGUAAUAUUGCAUUAGAAGACUGGGCUGAUGGAUUUUGCUUAUUUAUGUAUAAUAUAUUAUUGUAACACUAUA